UCCUAUUUAUUGGGGAAUUCUCGAUCUUACUGGAUCUCAUGUAGAAACUAGGCAACUCUUCACUACAGAAGAUUGGAAUGAGAUGUUAAAAAGUUUUGAGGAUGAAGUAGAAAUUAUUGAACAUGAUAUACCUAAUGUUAUAUAUCUGCUUUUUGAUGAAGUCGAACAGAUAAUAAAAGAUAAUGAGAAGAAUGAAGCGAUUGUAUUGGCAAUUGACAACAUUUCGUUGCAAGAAAUAGAAUCAAAACACAAGAUCAUUCUUAGUGAACAAGACAAGGUCAACAUGAUUGAAAUUUGCUCCUGGGCUUCAGCUAUACGCCGUAACAAAGGUCGUUCAAUUACACUCCGUGCUCGUGUAGGGCAAAAAUGUGACUUCCGAGGAACAUUGAAGCAUAGCAUAAAUAAAUUGGAAGUGGUAACUGGCCUCCGAAGUGGUGGUCUUCCGGAACCACACCGUAAAAAAAUUUUUUUGGACUCACUUGACUUGGCUAUAACUAUGAGGGAUAUUCUAUAUACAUUUUUUGAAUCUAAUGCAAACUCCCCAGAUGAAGACUUGCAUAAAUUAUUUGUUCUCGGAUUCCAAUCAUUGGGGACAAACAUUUGUAGAUAUGGAAAGUUGUGUACAACAGCAUUGCCAAAUUCAAUAAGAACGCUUGCAUGUUUAGAAAAGUUUUAUAUUGAAAUGAAAAAUAUUAAGGUAAUUUUUGAAUUGUUACCAAACGAUAUUGCUUUGUCUCAUGCCCGAGCACAUAGGAAAAGGCGAAAAGGAGAAGACCAAGAACAUGCAAAUAUUGAAGUUGGAGGCUGUUUUGGAAAAAUUAAUGGAACACCCAUUUCAAAAAACCACGCUAAUGGCAACCGGACCACAUCACCAAGACUAAAUUCUGCCUCUGCCGAAAAAUCUCUUGGGGUUGUGCUUGGCAAGGUGGGCAUGACAUAUAAAUAUCUGAAAUAA